UCGAAACAGGUUAAGUCGGUGUUUUGAGGCAAAUAUAAAGAUUUUAUUAACAUUUGUAACAAAAAACGUGUUUAUUAUUGUGGAGGUUUUAAAAGAAGCAUAAUUGCAAGUGUUUUACACGCGUACAUGAAGUAUUAUGAGCUGGUUUUCGGUUUUUACAUAUUGUGAGGUUAUAAAUUUGUACAAAUUCGCUUAUUUUGCAAAUUCUUGACAAAGUUGAUGCCAGUCAACAUGACCACGAAUGCAAGUUCGUUGAAAUUAAGUCGAGAUAUUUCUUUACUUUAUUUAAACGAAAGAUACUCAGAUGUCACGUUAAUUGUUAACGAUGAACGAUUGUAUGCACACAAGAUGAUACUUGCGGUGCGAAGUGAGUAUUUUGAAGCACUUUUUUAUGGAGGAAUGCAAGAGUCUUUGCAGACCGAAAUUCAUCUUAGCGACGUAUCAUCAAACACAGCAUUUAAAUUGUUACUAAAAUACAUCUACGGUGCAUGCAUACCAGAGGUGACCUCAGCAAACACAGACCUCAAUCUAGAGGUGUUGAUUUUAGCACAAAAAUAUUGUAUGCUUGAUCUACAGGAUGGCAUACUUGAACAACUGAAAACAGUAAUAAAUCUAGACAAUAUUUGUUCUAUUUUGAAUGUGUCUAAUCAGUACAGUUUUAUGGAAAUACGAGAUACGUGCCACCAUUUUGUAGAAAGCAAGCCCCUGGAAUUUUUACGAGUUACUAAUUUUAAGGAUUUGUCAAAGGAUUCACUUAGCGGUGUUUUAAAAAGGAGCACUUUUUAUGCACCCGAAAUAGAAAUAUUCAAUGCCGUGGUACAGUGGUGUCAAAAGAACAAGUUUGUAGACGAUGAGGGUCGAUUAGAUGAAUCUGUUUUACGAUGUGUUCGCUUGUCGUGGAUAGAACCGCACAAUCUUAUGUCAGUCGUGUGGCCCACCGGAUUGGUAAACAAUGAGUAUCUGCUUAAAUCGAUUGCUGAAAGUAUGGGAGUUAAACAAAAAGAAGUAUCCAGUAGGGGAAUUCGCAUAUUGAACAAAAAUGUCGCCACUCCGGCAGACAAAGCAGAAGUGCUUUCAAAUAAAGACUCUUGCAUUUUGGAAGGCCCAUUCAGAGAUUUAGAUCUUUGUGAAAGGGUGAAGAUUAGAAAUAAGAAGGGUGUAAUUAUAAAAUUAGGGGUUCCCACGUUCAUUAACUAUAUUGGUUUGAUGCUAUAUAGUAAACACGAUGAAUGCUACUGCUACUACAUUGAAGUUUCCGUGGACCGCCAAAAUUGGAAAAGGAUAAUUGAUUAUUCCCAAUAUGUGUGUAGGGGCGUUCAGUACUUAUAUUUCGAUGAGGUGGUUGCACUUUAUAUUAGGGUAAUGGGAACAUACAGUUCAGUGGAUGAAAUUCGGAUAAUGGGGUUUAGAGCAAGUUAUAAAACAUCCUGUCCACAGUCAGUAAACGGUAUCACCCGCCCAGUGCACAACAUCGUUACCAAAAAAAUGGGAGCACUUAUUAUUUCAGGAAUGAAUGGGGACAAUUUGAUAUACAACGUCAAAAGAGGCAGUCUUAAUGCUAGUUUCGCUUAUCACUGGAUACAUACUGACACUGAAAUUAGGAAUAUCACAGUGCAAUUUAAUCAACCGUACCUAGUGUCAAAUAUCUUAUUAUUAUUAUGUCAUGAGAACAACAGGACUUACAAAUAUUAUAUCGAAACUUCGGUUAACACCCGAGACUGGGAAAUGUUAGCAGAUUACAGAAACGAAGUCAACGUUCAACCGACAAUUUCGUUUGAAGAAAGGGUAGUCGUUUUUAUUCGUUUUGUGGGAACUUUAACGUCGGCAAAUGAUAAUGAAUUUCGAAUCUGUCUUUUCGUGUGCCCAGCCAUAUCUUCUGAUAUUACAAAUUUGAGUCAAAGUAGUAUACAAGAGUAACAGAAAAAGCAUGUUUUUAAUAUUUUAUACAUUAUGGAUUUAUACUUACUAGAAAUAUAUUUUAAUUAUAAAUUUUACCCAUACUUGAAAUAAAGUCUUGCUUUUA